CAGAGGUGGGCGUGGAUCUGCCUUCGUCAGCGGUCCUCUUGGUUUUGGUGCCUGCGAGAAGGAGCUUUCAGCUAAAGUUAGCUAGCUAAAAAAACACGGAACGAUUGACAGACAAGAACAGCGAAAGCACCAACGACAAAAAGCUGGUGCGUCAGAAGGGGGAGGCCCAAUUUACCGUUUCGUUUUUGUUAAGCUCAUUAUUAAUUUUAUUUGAAAACAAACCUUACCCCCUCCUCACCCCUAUUUAUUUUGUUUGUCCCAUAUACAUUAUUUGGUUUGUGAUACCUCCUCCAGCUUUGGGAGCAGUGAGGGGUCUUCAUGGCUGUUCGAAGAGGCCACAUCAGGUACCUAAAAGAGGUGUAUGACAUGUCCAACGGCUACGAGGAUCACAUGGGAGGAGGAGAUGAGGUGACGGAUGCCAAGACCAACCUGAUAGUCAACUACCUUCCCCAGAGCAUGAGCCAGGACGAGCUACGCAGCCUCUUCAGCAGCAUUGGCGAGGUGGAGUCCGCCAAGCUCAUACGGGACAAAGUGGCAGGUACGGAACACCUUGUCCCACAAUGCACUACAGGCCACAGUUUAGGGUACGGAUUUGUUAACUAUCUUACCCCUAGCGAUGCAGAAAGAGCUAUCAAUACUCUGAAUGGACUAAGGCUACAGUCUAAAACUAUCAAGGUUUCAUAUGCGCGGCCGAGCUCUGACACCAUUAAAGACGCCAACCUGUACAUCAGUGGCCUGCCCAAGACCAUGACCCAGAAAGACGUGGAGGACAUGUUCGCUCGCUACGGACGCAUCAUCAACUCCCGUGUGCUGGUCGACCAGGCCUCUGGCCUGUCUCGGGGGGUGGCGUUCAUCCGGUUUGACAAGCGAGCGGAGGCCGAGGACGCCAUCAAAGACCUUAACGGACAGAAACCCCCCGGAUCUGCUGAGCCAAUCACGGUGAAGUUUGCUGCCAGUCCCAACCAGGCCAAGAACACUCAGCUCAUAUCGCAGCUCUACCACAACCAGGGACGCCGCUUUGGAGGGCCAGUUCACCACCAGGCUCAGAGAUUCAGGUUUUCUCCCAUGUCUGUGGACCAUAUGAGCGGUAUGUCUGGGGUGAGUGUGCCGGGGAACGCCACCGCUGGCUGGUGCAUCUUCAUCUACAACCUGGGCCAGGACGCCGACGAGGGCAUCCUGUGGCAGAUGUUCGGGCCCUUCGGCGCCGUCACCAACGUCAAGGUCAUCCGCGACUUCAACACCAACAAGUGCAAAGGUUUCGGCUUUGUUACCAUGACGAACUACGAAGAGGCCGCCAUGGCGAUCGGCAGCCUCAAUGGUUACCGCCUCGGGGACAAGAUCCUACAGGUGUCGUUCAAGACCAGCAAAGGCCACAAGUAGAGAAAAAUAGUGGGGGGGGGGGGGACACCUCAUGCCAGGCUUCUAAUAUGGAGGGUAAAUUGCCACAGUUUGACAAAACAAACCUGUUUUUAGCGUUCUCACUAAGCCCAUUCUCACUUUGCAUCUUUGUACUAGUCUAACAGAGAGUCUAGGCUGAGUUUGAUAUUUCUCUUGUUUUUUGUUUUUUUUACUUAUGAUUUGGGAUGUUCCAAACACAGUUAUCAAUGUCCAUCCUGAUAUGGUGACCAAUUUCACAAUUCAAGACUAGAUUGUUUUUCCUGUGAGACUAAACUAGUGUCACUAUGUGCCAUAUGAAUGGUAGGACCACUAUAUGGGACUUGGAGAAGGAUGCGCUACAUUCAUACGUCUAGUCCCCCACUGUAGGAGGAAGCAUGCUGUCUUAGACUCUGGUUCCAGUGUAGAAAUGGAUGCCUUAAGUUACCACCCGCACACCCUGUCAAGCCAUCCACUGUCUCCAGCCAUUCUAAAAGAAAAGCCCUUUUUAAAUCCUUAUUGUAUAAUGUCUUCUCUCACCUUGCAGAAUCCGUUUUAUACACAGCAAGUUAGGUACUGAAUGGUACCAUUACAUAGCAGCGCGUGUGUCCUGUUUUUGUGUCCUUUUAACAGUUGAAUCUCUGAGAGGCCAUGUACAAAGGUCUGGAGAUUUUAAAGUAGGAAGGUGUUUAAGAAGGACCAAAGAAAUGGAAGGAUAUGCUCUAACUGCCCCAGGGCCCGUAUUCACAUGCUGAUCUAGGAUCAGUUUGGCCUUGUCGAUCCUAGAUCAGCAUUCAGUCCUCUGAGAAGCUUUUGUGAAUAGGGAAAGAUGCUUACUGUUAUGACUUAUUUCCCCUCACCAGUAAUAGUUUGGGCAUCUGAACAACCGGUACGAAGGCUGAAUCUAACACAAAGUGGAGCAACACUGCUCACUCUCAUCCAGUUUCCUGUUUUUGUAAAAAAAAUAUUUAAAAAAAGUUGUCAAUCUUUUGAUGUUUUUCUUGAAUUUUCUUUCGGAGAGACUAACUUUUCUUUUUUCGUUGAAGCGUAGAUUACUGAUCGGAGAGUUGGAAGAGUUUUUAUUUAAGUUUUUAUGCUCAUCUCAAGCUAAAGAAGAAUUUAUGGCCUUUGUGAUUUAUUUUUGUUGGUAUAGAUUUGUUUUGAUUGUUUUACUUUGCAUAUGCAAUCAUUAAAUUUUAGUUAGAUUUGACUCAA